AUGGGUUCCACGAGCUCCACCACCACCGCCGCCAGUAGCCCCUCUCCUCCCGCCCCCGAAACCAUCGACGUAUGGGAAUGUCCCAUCGCAUCUCUCACCGGGUGCGCGCACGUCUUCGCGACAGAACUGGAAAGCGACAUCCACGUCGAGGAGUCCCACCCCACCUUCGUCGCCUGCCCCUUCCGCUCCUCUCUCGCGUGUUACGAAUAUUUCGACACGCUCCACGCCGCGCGCCAACACGCCGUUGAUCAGCACCAAUUCCAGGGCCUGAUACCCACCGACGCCAUCACCUGUCCCUGGGCCGCGCACUCCGGGUGCACCUACUUCUUCUAUACCCGAGAGCAAAACGCGACGCACCAGCAGGUCGCGCACGCGCGGCGGUGGGAGCGCCCUGGGGGACGGAGAAUCACGUGGCCGUCUGGGGUGCCGGAGGGGGAGGUGCGGGGCGCGGAUUUCCCGCCGCCGGUGGAGGAGAAGGAUGAGGUGAUGGAGGAGCCGCAGCGACGGCGCUUCUUCGAGAUCCAGGCAAGGUCGGCGGGCGCGUGGGUGGAGAGUCCGGCUCGGGAGCAGGAACGCGCGGAGCCUGUUGACGACGAGGUGUACCCGCCGGAGAACUACCUCCGAGAUCCGUACAAGACGCCGCAACGGCCGCUGCCGCUCAGCGAGCCCGAUGAGUGGUGGGGACGGUAUGAGUGGGUAAACCCGCCGAGGGCCCGGAUUGUCAGCCCGAGGGAGCUCCCAAUAAGGCCUGGCAGGCCUGUCAACAUCCCUGAGGCAGUGAUGGAGGAGGAUGAGGAGACGGAGGUGGAGGACGAGGUGCCGGAAGAGGCGGACGAGGAGGUGGUGGGAAUGGGGGAGUACGAGGUGAGCGUUCGACAGUUGGAGGAGGCGUGGGGCGACGCUUACGAAUCCAGGGAAGAUGAGUAA